AUGUUCGCCAUCACUCUCGUUCUUUCCCUUCUUUUCGCGGUCCUUGCUGAUGCUAAUGCUUUUGCUGCGUUUGGACUCCCUGCGAUUUUUCCGGGCUCGACAGCCACCACAGCUCCGGCACAGACAACCACAGCCGCAACGGCAGCAUCAGAAAACCUCAUAACAGCACUUGUACCACAAACGACAGUGAGCACUGCAUUGGUUGGAUACUGGAAUACACACUGCAACAACACUCAUUUCCAUAUUGGCACUGGCCCAUGCGACUGCGGUCUCGAUGGCCAUGUUCCUCACCCAACGGGUGGUUUACACCCAACAGGCGGUUUGCCUGUCUCUUUUCCUUUUCCCCUGCCAUCGGGAGCACCACUCAACUCGGCGAACGAAACGAACACCAUAAUCUCGAAUUCAUCGACUCCGGCAUCGUCGAUUAUUAGCACGACAUCGAUAGACACGACAUCUUCUACGUCUGCCACAGUAGCAUUGAAUACUACUUUACCGCUACCUAGCAAUGCCACAGUCCCAACGAACAGCUCAAUUCCAACCACGCCUGGCUCAGUUUGCCCUGGGUACGACAACCAGUUUUUCAACGAUGAAAAUGGAGCGGACUACAAAGUCUUUUGCAACACGGCGUUUGAGGGUGACACAGUUUCAGGCGUGACGAAGCGACAGAGUGGAGUCUCUGAUCAGGAUUGCAUGAGCCAAUGUGACGCGAUUGAUGAGUGCAUUGCUGUGAUGACAAGCGGAGGCAACUGCUUUUUGUUCAGCACGGUGGACGAUCUUUUCGAGUUUGACGGAGCAACUGGGGCACGAAAAGUCUCCUCCACUGUGAGCAGCUCGUCAAGCAGCACAAUUCAAACAGCAACGACGGUGGCGGCAUCUACUGGACUUCCACACAACUCUGCCAACGACACUACUCCUGGCAUUCGCCCAACUGGUGGUAUCUUUCCAACAGGCGGCAUUUUCCCAACUGUCCAUCUCCCACAACCGACAAUCACUUCGCCCGCGUCGAUUCCGCUUAUGACUGUCUCCGGAGGCUACAUCCCCAUCAACACGAACUUUACAGGCCCUUACUAUAAUCCGCACUGCCCAGGUAACGCUACUCACGUUCACCAUGGCACUGAACCAUGUGAUUGUGGCGAUGACGAUGAACCGACGGCAGUCCCAUCAUCUGGAGUACCCAUCAACAGUGCCAAUGCCACUGUUAGUGUGCCGCUCUCUACUGGCGUUGCAGCGCCCCUGCCUUCCUCGGGCUUCCCAGUCAACAGUGCGAAUUCUACUACCAGCGCUUUCAUGACGGGUACUGGAUUCCCACGGCCCCCGAUCACCACGGUUCCACUGACGAGCGUUUCCGGAGGCUACAUUCCUAUCAAUCACAACUUCACUGUGCCAUAUUACAACUCGCACUGUCCAGGAAAUGCCACUCAUGUCCAUCAUGGCACCGAGCCUUGCGACUGCGUUGACGAUGAUGAGCCGACCGCCACUCCAGGCCCUUCGUCAGGAUUCCCGGUCAACAGCGCCAACAGCACGAACUCCCACGCUCCCUCGGCCACACCGGUGAACACAACUUCCAGCUCGACGAUCACUACUUCAUCUACUGCUAAUCCAGCGCCACGGCCGUCCUCUGGCGUGCCUGUCAACAGCGCUAACGGCACCACCAGCGCGUUUCUGACAGGCACUGCACCUUCACCGACAACCGUAUCGCUAACCAGCGUCUCCGGUGGCUACAUUCCUAUCAACCGCAACUUUACAGUACCAUAUUAUAAUCCACACUGCCCAGAUAAUCCUAAUCAUGUACAUCACGGCACUGGCCCUUGCGAUUGCGUCGACGAGCCAACAGCAGCCCCUUCAUCUGGUCGCCCAGUGAACAGCGCCAACUCGACGACGAGCCACUUCCUGACCGGCACGGCCCCAUCUCCCCGUCCAACAACCGUCUCUUUGACCAGUGUCUCGGGUGGCUACAUCCCCAUCAAUUCGAAUUCCAGUGCGCCCUAUGUCAACACCCACUGCCCGAAUAAUCCUGGCCACGUUCACCAUGGUACAGAGCCAUGUGACUGCAUUGAUGAACCUACCGCCGCGCCUUCUUCAGGCCGCCCAAUCAACAGUGCUAAUGCCACCACUACUCAAACGUCAACUUGGAGCUCGACCACAUCUUCUCUGACUGUUUCAUCGACUACCACCUCGUCGUCUAUUCAGUCAAACACUACUAUUGCGGAGCCUACUACCACGGCGUCAAACAGCUCCAUCCCGGCGACUAGCACUGCAGCCAAUGUCACUUCUGGCACUAUCACUUCCGUGUCCCUGACCAGCGUUUCGGGCGGAUACAUCCCAGUGCAAUCGAAUUUCACUUUGCCAUACAUCAACACCUAUUGCCCGAAGAACACGACGCACAUUCACCACGGUACAGAAGUCUGCGACUGCAUCGAUGAUGAUGAGCCUACGCCGACUCCAAUUCCAAGCAAGGGCUUUUCAGUGUCCGCCAACGCCACCACUCAUGGCGUAGGGCCGACAGCAUCUCCUGGCUUGUCUCACAGCCACCCGAUUAUUCCUACGACCGCGCCUCCUGCGAUCAGUCUGACUAGCGUUUCCGGCGGCUAUAUCCCAGUCCAUCAAAAUUUUACGGGUAGCUACAUCAAUACCCACUGCCCUGGCAACAGCACGCAUGUGCAUCAUGGGACGGAACCUUGCGGUUGUAUCGAUGAUCACUCGCCGACUUCUACACCCAGCCUGAAUGUGACAGUGAGCGCCACCACAACUUCGAGCCUUCCUAUAGAGACGACAAGUUCCGCAUCUGAGAGCAGCACCACAUCCAUUGCCAUUGAGACUAGCACAUCAUCGUCAUUGUCUUCUGCAACCACUUCUACAUCGGCUGCUCCAUCAAGCACGUACGCUCCGAUCUGCCCAGCGGCAAACGGCACAGUCUUCAACGAUGAUUCGGACGUUGAUUAUCGAGUCUCAUGCGAUACAGCUUACGCCGGAACAACGAUCACCCCUCCGUCAAGGCGCAGGUCGAUGACAGACUCCGCUCAAGAGUGCAUGUUGACUUGCGAUACCAUUGAUGCUUGCAUCGCGAUCACUUAUGCUACUGGCCAAUGCACGCUCUUCAGCGAUAUCUCCGGCACCGCAGCCAGUGCUGGAUCUACAUCUGCGAAGAAGGUCCCUGCGGUCACCAGCACAUCAAGUACUUCAAGCACGGAAUUUUCGACCUCCACCACUUCUUCGGCUUCGUCGUCGCUCUUGAUCACGAGCUCUGAAACGUCAACAACAUCCACUCCAGCUCCAUCGCUGACAAGCGUUUCUGGUGGCUAUAUUCCUGUCGAUGGCAACUUCACAGGCAGCUACAUCAACACUCAUUGCCCAGGAAACUCAACCCAUGUUCACUAUGGCACCGAGCCAUGUGAUUGUGACUUGGACCAGCACACCGCACCUGCUUCGAUCGAUGCUUCGUCGACAGUGCCUGCAGUUUCGGCCACCAGCACUGACUCGGCAGUGGUUACAUCAACUGCAUCGUCGACUCCCGUUGCAACGCCCUCGACACUAUUCGGUCUUCCGUCUGCUUCGCCUUCAUCCUCGACAUCCUCAUCGACAUCGUCCUUGGCUUCUCCGUCAACUGUUUUAGAUUCCACGAGCACGUCGGCCUCUUCUUCGUCAUCAGCCGCCGCAGCAACAACUUCUUCCGUGGAUUCUGCAACGACGUCAGCCCCAGUUGUCUCCCUCACGAGCGUCUCGGGCGGAUAUGUACCUGCUGAUCCAAGCUUCACUGGAAGCUACCUGAACACUAUGUGCAGUGGAAAUCAUACUCACGUCCAUCACGGCACUGAGCCAUGUGAUUGUGGCGAGGAUCUGCCGCAGACAAGCGCCUCUUUCACAGAGUUCGUCAGCGUUCCGAUGGUAUCUGCGAGCGCGACUCAGACUGUCUCAACCUCUAGCACUGUGUCGACGUCUUCUUCAGCAGCCGUCCUCCCAACAAGCACAUCGAGUUCCAUCAGCUCCAGCUCAAGCAGCUCAUCGUCUCACUCCAGCAGUGCAUCCACAAGUAGCUCGUCCUCUCACACCAGCACUAGUACGAAGAAGGUGACGACAACAAGCAAGAAGACGACCUCGACGAAACCAAAGCAGACUGCAACUUCUUCGCUCAAAGCGCCUCCAACUCAUCCACCUUUCCCGCCCUUCACACCGCCACAGAAAUCGUCAACAUCGAAGAAGCCAACGACAACUAAGAAGACUAGUUCCACGUCGAAGAAGAUGACGGCUACGACUAAGCUGUCCAGCUCAACCGGCCACACUAGUGCUCCUACCACUGCCCAUAGCUCCUCAUCUACACUGCCGGCGUUACACACGAGCGUCCCAACUAGCGCGCAAAGCAGCUCGACGUCCAAGUCGUCUACUGCGGUCGCUACUCCAGCCUCGUCCAGCUCGAGUACGUGCACUGAGGAGGAGCAUGGCUCGACCACGGCAUGGCCCACAUCUUCCUCCCACACAGUCUCUGUUCCAAGCAGCAGUGUUGUCCCUCAGUCAACCCCAACGCCGUCUAGCUCAGCCUCGCCGAUCACCACUAGCUCGAGCACUUUGUCCACACCAACGUCAAGCAGCAGCAUCUCAUCACAGCCAGCGUCGACGUCGUUGACUUUCACUCUGCCCAGCAUUAGCAGCUUCAGCUCUUUCCCCACAUCCUCAACCUCGACCUGGUCUACCCUGGUGUCCAGCAGCAGCUUCAGCCUGAGCAGCAGUUCAAGCAGCAGCUCGACUCUCAUCAGCAGCAGCAGCACGCUUUCGACAAGCACCUUGUCCACAUCAAGCUCAAGCUCAAGCUCAAGCUCAAGCUCGUCGACUAUCACCCCAACACCCUCAGCACCGGCAGUAUGCCCCAGCUACGACGGCAAGACGUACAGCGACAACAACGGCGCACAAUACAGCAUGGCCUGCGACACCGCCUACUCCGGCACCGCGAUCCCAGCAAAGAUCAAGCGCUCCAACACCGCCAGUGUGCAAGAUUGCAUGGCAUCCUGCGACUCGAUCAGUGCUUGCAUCGCCAUCACUUUCCGGACAGGCCAAGGUCGUGGGAGCCACUGCCGCGUAUAA